AUGAGCACGGAGAGCUUAGCUGCUCCUGAUGAAAAUGUGGUAUUUGUGUCAUCUGUCACCGGACAAGUGAAGUCGUCUGGAUUCGAUGCAGAGUAUUGGAUCUCGAACAUCGUCUCACCGGUCCGUUUCCGCGAUGCUAUUCAAACACUUGCCAAAGAGACACUUCGCCCAGAAUCACAGGUAUUCUUCGUGGAAAUUGGUCCCCACCCGGGCUUGGCUAGUCCAGUUCGACAGAGUCUCAGUCAUCCGGAUCUGCCUAAGAUUUUAUUUGACUACCAGCCAGUGUUGCAGCGCAAGCUAGACUCUAUAGCCAGCGCGUUGACUCUGACUGGUAAGUUAUUUGAACGCGGCGUCAAUGUUGAAUGGAAUUCCGUGUCGGCAAUGGCUUAUGGCGCAGACCAAGCAGCCGUGCUGUAUGAUCAUCCGGCAUACUCGUGGGACCAUUCCACCCAGCAUAGCCAGGAAUUUCGCCUGACUCAAGCUUAUCGUUUGCGCAAUGAGCCGUAUCAUGAGCUACUCGGUGUACCAGUUCUUGAUGCAACUGAUUCUCAACCUCGCUGGAGGCAUUUCAUUAGCCGGACAUCGCUGCCGUGGCUUGCCGACCAUGCCAUUGAUGGCGUUACCAUGUUCCCGAACGCAGGGUACGUCUCUAUGGCCAUCGAGGCUGUGACGCAGGUUUCACGCCGGCGCUUCCCAGUUUCCUCGCUUGGAACAUUGGUGCUUCGUGACGUCGAAUUCAAACGAAAAUUGUUUAUGCCAGAUGAUGCACAGCGCGUUGAACUCCAAUUGAGUCUUCAGCAACACCCUGGCGCGGAUGUUGCUUUUGGCUUUUCGAUUGCUGCCCUUUCCGACAGUACUGGUCACUGGCAUACUCAUGCCACCGGCAUAUCGAGGCAGAGUUCGCCGAACAGGACAACACCACAGCAGCAUCCACAAAGGGCGCAGGGUUCCCCCCAAUGCCAAGCACUAGCCAAUUCAUCCCGCACCAAAUAA